GCGCAGAGGAGGAGAGAGAGAGAGGCGGAGUGAAAGCAACCGAUGUGUUUUUUGGUGAUGUGAGUCAGUGCAGCAGCAACAGCCACCUGUGGGUUUGUCGUCUAUAAAGCACAGUCGAUCAGAGCGCAGUUGGGAUAAGCGACGGUGCGUUGUACCUUACGGGGCGUUGCGUCAGCAGUGCGCGUGUGCCAAGUCAUAGGCGACACAUCUUCGAGUGACGCGGGGGGGGGGGGGGAGAAAGCGUUGCGUGCACGCCAGGCUAGUUGCGGACCACGAGGAUACACACGCGGGCACGCUGCGUGCGCGCCUGCUGCUGUUUGCACCGACGGUGAUCGCCCAUUUACGGUCGACCGUUCGGCCGAGCAUCGUUCGUCCACUCCCAAGAUGACUCUGCACAAGUCGGACAAGCUGCGCAGCCUGGAGAGGAGGCGCGGCAGCACCCCGCUGCCCCUGGCGCACCAGCGCCGGCGGCAGAGCGCCGCCCUGCAGCAGCGCGCCUGCCCCCCCGACGGACUCGACCCCGGCAGGGCGGCCGCGAUGGUGGCGGCGGCGGCAGGCGCCCGGGGCCCCGGUGGCGGAGUAGGAGGGAAGGGGUCGGCUCGCUCCUCCGCGGCGCCGGCGGCGUCGGCGGGGGAGCACCGCAGCAGCUGGUCGUCCGAGUCGGCCGACUCGGUGCUGUCGGGGGGCAGCACGGAGGCGGCGGGCGCCGUGUACCGCGUGCUGCUGCUGGGGGACGCAGGCGUGGGCAAGUCGAGCCUGGCGUGCGUGCUCGCUGGCAGCGAGGACGCCAUGGGCUCCGACUGGGAGGCUGACUUGGAGGACACGUACGAGCGGACCGUGUCUGUCGACGGCAACGAGGCGACGGUCGUCAUCCUCGACACGUGGGACCAGGAUGAGAGCGCGUGGUUCCGUGAGCAGAGCCUCCAGCUGGGCGACGCGUUCCUGCUCGUCUUCUCGGUGACGGAGCGCUCGUCGCUGGACCGCGCCGCCGAGCUCGGCUCGCUGGUGCGGCGCGCGCGUCCGCACCCCCGCACCGCCGCCCUCAUCCUCGUGGGCAACAAGAGCGACCUGGCGCGCUCGCGGGAGGUCUCCGUCGAAGAGGGCCGAGCCGUGGCGCUGCUGCUCGACUGCAAAUUCAUCGAGACGUCGGUGCCGCUCCACCACAACGCCGACGAGCUGCUGCACGGCGCCGUGCGCCAGGUUCGCCUGCGCCGCAGCGGCACCCGCGGCGGCGGCGGCUCCGCCGGUGCCGCCGAGGCGGCGGCCUCUGGCGGGGCCCGGGACGGCGACGCGUCCGGAGCGGCGGGCGCCCGGAGGCCCAGCCUGGGCGAGCGGGCGCGCAGGCUGCUCGGCCGCUUCGGGAGGCUGUCGUCGGUGAGAGCCAAGUCCAAGUCGUGCCACGACCUCUCCGUGCCGUGAGGGGCGGCGGGAGGCGGGCAGGCGGGGACGCGGGCCUUCACGCGCACGCGGGGACGCGCGUGUGGACGCGCCACGGACGCCAGCAUGGGGGAUGCGUGUGCGCGCACGUGGACGCGCUUGGAAAAUGCGGGAGACACGCGGGGACACGCGGAGAUGCAGGGAGACACUUUGGGGAAACACAACACACGGUGGGGGGGGGGCGGGGGGGACACGUCGGGACAAACAUUCGCACAUGCACACACAUCUUGGGGGGGGGGGGGGGGCAGGUGGGGUGCUCGCGUGCGCAAUGAGCACCAAGGUCCCCCCCCCCACAUAUCGGGGCCUGCGCCGUUUGCGAGCACUCACCGAGGCCCGGCGCUUGACGGGGCGCUCGGCGUGGGAUGGUGCCGCGUUCGUUCCACUGUAGUUGUUCGUCUCGCUCGGCGCCGACGCUUGCGCGCCAGCCGCUCGCUUUGGGCUCCGUCAACUUUGGGGAGACGCCCAAGGCCCACGUCGCCCCCCACCGAUGUUAGCCACAGCCAGGAAAUAAACUCAGGUCAUGAACCACUGUGACCCCCCACCUUCCCCCCCUCCCCCCCCCCACCAUUACAAAUGCUCAUUGCAUACAAAUGCACGGCAAUGAGGCACCACGCGCGCGCACGCACGAUUAUCAGAAUAUUUUUAACGCCCGUUAAAAAAAAGACAAUGUAUCUCAUUGCGAUGAAAGUUAAUAGAUAUACACUGCAUGUGGAUUUUAUUUACGUCGGAUUAUUUUCUACGUUAUUUUUUAUAAGAACCACACAAGAGGUAUUGGUGUUCUAAUUUCAAAGCUUUUAAAUUUAUAUGUUUUCAGUGAAUAAAAAAUAAUAAUGAACACUGUAGAUUAUUGAGUGGCCCUUUGGGUCCCAAUAGCCUGCUUGGAUGUGAAACGCGUUUAUAAUUUAUAUGGGAAACACAAGUAGCUCGGGUUAUUUUGUUUUUACAUCUUUGCCUUCCGUCUCCCUGUCUGCCUCUUGAACUUGCCCAAAUUGAACCCUUCUUGGUUCAAGCUGUUGCUCUUUUUGGUGAGUCCACCUUUUGUGCUGUAGGGGUGUGUGACUUCACAACAGACGGGCACCAGCGUAAUAAUUGUGCCCCAAUCGGUGACCUUUUAAAACAAAUAUUUGUCUCAAUUAACUAUUCCACCCACCCCCCCCCCCCCCCCCAAUUUUAUCCUAACCGUGCUUUUUAGUGUCACGUCACGAAACAAAUACACGAUUUGGAACGCUUCCAGAGCAGUGCAGCCCUUCGUUUCAGAGAAGCAGUCCACGGAAGUGGAUAUCCCAGAGCUGCUUCUGAGCUGUCUUCGAGCGACCGCUGGGCCGCACAAUAGGAGGAUGCCACUUUCCCAAACGCCUUCGCGUGCGAGAGCAAAGCUCGUCGACUGGCCGGUGACCUCUUUUUGUUUGCGGGCGAGGCGUCAAUGGGUCGGCGGGAAGCCGAUGCGAUGCACAAAAGAAAAAAAAAACUGCAGGGGUUGUUGGAUCAUGCAGGUAUGGUGCCCGGUGAGAGGCGAGUACAGCAAGUAGGGUUUGGCAUGUGAACUGGUGAAGUGGGUCGUCUAGUUUGUCGUGGUUGAACCGGGUGAGAGCUCGUUAGACCAGGAUGGUCUUAGUUGCAAGAGCGACCUGGGUCGUUAGUCUGUCGUUGGGGUGGGUGGGGGGUGGUAGGUGUGUAAUCCCAAAUGAGUUAAGGUGCGGUAACAAUUUUCGAAUUUGGCUUUCAUGUGGACGAUGACGUUGGCUCGUGGCGCGACUGGUCCACUCUCGUCGGCGGAUUUCUUUAGCGGACACUGUGAAGAAGACUGCGAGUGGUGGCGUCUCAUCGUUGAUGACAAACCGCGGUAGUGAUCCGGUUGAUAAUAGAGGUUUGUUUUGGGUUAGAUCGCGUAAAUAUAUAAAAGUGUCGUUAAACCCACCACCACCCGACACAGCCAACUAGUAAGGGUUGUCACGUAAACAGAACGUGGCCAAUUCGUUACUAGUACAGCAACACCGGUGUGUUGGAGGGCCAGGCCACAACAUUUGCAAUCUGAGUACGACGUUUCGCCAGUAAUUACAACUAGCUUCAUCAGGCGACAGCCAGAUUUGUGGAGAAAUCCACCUGUUUCGUUCCUAAUAUAGAGGCGUAGAUGUGGUGACCACACUUCUGCGCUCUUGCACACAUUGGGAGGGGCACGUUCUGUUUACGUGACAACCCUUACUAGUUGGCUGUGUCGGGUGGUGGCGGGUUUAACGACACAUUUAUAUAUUUACGCGAUCUAACCCAAACACAAACCUCUAUUAUGGAUGCUAUUGGUCGCGAAAGCCUACUACGUGUUAAACUAAUCCGGUUGAGUGGGCGUCACGGUGGCUAGGAAAUGUGAACUACCUCGCCUGGUAUACAGGAGGUUGUGGGUUCAAACCCGACCCUGACGCCUACUGCUGUAUAAUUGGAGUUUGCGUGUCCUUUUUCCCCCGUGGUCGCGUGGAUUUUUCUCCAGGUGCUCCAGUUUUUCCCUCCACAUUUUAGAAUCGACGUCGCGAGUGUAGAGUAUGUUCCUGCUAUACAUUUCCACGUGAUAAGCCACUUCGUUGGACUAUCGUUUGUGGCCAGGUCGCUUCUGAAAAAGCGAUAGAUAGCUCAGUGGGCCUUGCCUGGUAACAGACAAAAAAUGUUCUCUAGUUUUAAAAAUAGAGCUAUAAUUUGUGGCCAGACCGCUACUGAAAGAAAAGAGCUUUCUAGCUCAAUGGGCCAUUGUAAAAUAAAAAAAGAGUUAAGUUUAGAGUCUCAUGCACUGUAUAUGUGGAGUUACUCUGGUCAUUCUGAUUUCCUACUGCACAAAAAAAAUACAAUUAAAAAAAUAAUUGGCUACGCACACCAAAACAGGACCCUCUUGAAACUGAGUCUCAAGACCCGGGCGUUGUCGUAUAAUUAGCGGAAUGCGAAUUAUUUUCGAUUUAAACAAAAACGUCAUACGUUUUUAGCCGUUGGAAUUGGACGGAUUUGGGAAACCAGGUGGGUGUGCGGCGGCCACGAAAAGGGUGGAAAUUACAGCCCACGGAUAGGAGAGCUUAAAAAAAACUGCGCAGACUUUGCGCAAAACCCAAGAUUACCGCGUGCAAUUAUCUGUCGUGCGUGUUGAGUCUGGUCUGUGCGUCAUUGGAGGUUGUGAAGCCCCGUGUAUUUUCCGGGCGAAAAAUAGAUCGCCUGCUUGUUUGGUGUGACAUCACCAACAUCCUCUGCCCCCCCCCCCUCCUCCCCCCAUCCUCUGUCUGCAUCUAAUCCACCUUGGGAUAAUAAAAAAAAACUAACCUCAAGAUUCAAAUGUUGAUUUCUCUCAAACUGAAUCCAUCGUGCUUUUUAAAUCAAAAAUUUCGAAAUUUCCAUGCCCGGGGCUCGUUAUGCCAUCCAUCCAAGUUGUCGUCGGCCUGUAACUUGCUGGUCCACUUUUUGUUCCAUUUUCUCCUACUUUUAUGAAGCUCCUUGUCCACUAUUGGCCUCCGAAUUUGUACGAUUUCAUCUCCGCCAUCCCUUUCCGCUGUCCGCCCCUCCGCCGCUUAGUUUAUUUUUUUCUCCCCCUUCCCCACUCCGUAAAGUGAAUUCUGAGAAUUCCUCUCCGGCCGACGCUUUUCCCGCGACGCGCACCGCUCACGUCCCCGUGGGUUUCCUUCGCUCCACCAACGGCAUCGUCGCUGGCGACCACGAUCCUUCAUCGCGUUCUCAGCGCCUUUGCCUUCACGGGUCAUCCGUAUAAGCCGAGGGUUGAUGAUGCUCGCGACGGAUGCUUUUCACCCUUUUUGACGAUCUUUUGGUGUCCCUCGUUGAGAGUCCUUCCAAAAGCAGAGGGCUGUAAAAGAGGUCUUCUUGGGGACCCACGGGAUUGAGGACUUAAUGUGGACGCACGGCAGAGGGUCCCCACUUCUCAUCACCGUGACGAGAUGUUAACUACCUCGCCUUAGUAUACAGGAUGGUUGUGGGUUCGAGUCCAACCCUGACGCCUGCUGCUGUAUAUUUGGAGUCUGCACGUUCUCCCCGUGGUCGCGUGGAUUUUUUUCCGGGUCCUCCGUUUUGGCUGUUUAAAAAAAAAAUGUCCGCACCAUCGGCCACUUCCUUAUCAUUUGUGACCAGGGCACUUCUGAAAAAGAGCUACUUAGCUCAGCGGGACUUCAUUGGUAAAAUAAAAAAAAUUUCAUAGAACACUUGACGAUCCCUGCUUGCGAGUAUUUCCGUGCUGUCAACAUGGUUAUUUUAUGAAAGUAAAAAAUAACUAAAGUAGACGUCAAAUGACAUUUUAAGUCCUUGCUAUCAGCAAAACACUCCCGAGUCAUUUGUGAUGAGUUUAGUUUUUUACUUUACUCGUGAAAACAUUUGGACGAAUGUCCCUCCACUGCACUCGACAUAUGUAGACUUCUCUUAGAAAAAAAUGUGCGUAAUUAUUAAUUGUUAUUUGUUUGAAUAUACAGCAUCUCGUGGUAUUGUCUUUGUUGUUGUUGUUAAAAGUUCGUGGCCCUGUUCAGGCUUUGCCUGCAAAGAAAAAUGGCCACGGCUGGAGCUGUUUCCUGUGAACUCGUCGCUGUCUCAUUCGCCUCGCGUCUCUGUGGCGUCCGCAGCCGUGUGAAGAAUUCGUGUACAAAGUUUUUACUUUUUAGUCUAGGGACGUGGGAAAAGGGGGGGGGGGGGGGUGCCGGAGGAAACCUCCUCCCUUAUUUCUUACUUACUUAGGGGGGGCCGCAAGUGAGACCGGGGAAAACCUUUGGCGGGUAACCGCACCCUCACCUAGCACCCGCAUGCCCCUCGUGUCACUGAGAGAGAAGCCCGCGCAGUGACAACGAGGGCCUUGAAAUAAGAGCGGCGUUGCACGGUUCCCACCACCUUCUGUGCCCUCUAGCAUCCUGAUGUCGUGUGGCCAAGAUUGCUCGCAGCGAUGGAUAAACACAUUCCUGCGGAGGGAGCUGGUAGGAACGUUGAGUUGCUCGGUCAAUGGCCAGGGUCAAGGGCGGCGUGGUGUAUUCCGCAAAUAUGCCCGACUGCAGAGGUGUGGACUCGAGUCAUGUGACUUGGACUCGAGUCAGACUCGAGUCAUGAAUUUGAUGACUUCAGACUCGACUUGGACUUGCAUAACAAUGACUUUGUCCCACCUCUGAGCUGGUGUGGACUCGAGUCAUGUGACUUGGACUCGAGUCAGACUCGAGUCAUGAAUUUGAUGACUUCAGACUCGACUUGGACUUGCAUAACAAUGACUUUGUCCCACCUCUGAGCUGGUGUGGACUCGAGUCAUGUGACUUGGACUCGAGUCAGACUCGAGUCAUGAAUUUGAUGACUUCAGACUCGACUUGGACUUGCAUAACAAUGACUUUGUCCCACCUCUGCCCGACUGUGAGGGCGGCCCCUACCCACCCAGCCCCUCCCCACCCCACCCAUCCCCUCCCCACCCUCCCCUCACCACCCAGCUCCACUAUCCCCACCACAGCACCAUCUUCCCCACCCUCUUCUCCCCACCCAGCCCCUCCCUCCCCACCCAGCCCCUCCCUGCACGACGGACGGACACAAUAAUCCCCUGUAGGCUGGUGUAACCAGGAGGUUCCUACCAGUACAAUGUAUUUUUGCGAAGGUCGUCUUUGAGGUGGUAGGACACAGGCCAUCGGUGCCCCGACCCCCCCCCUCCCCCGGUCUAAGUAUGUGUCUAUAUUUCUAACGCGUAACUUUGUUUUUGCUGUUGCUGUUUAAAAGCCUUAUUUAACUAACGCACACACACACAAACAUUCAUCGCAAAAAGUUCAGCGAUUGAUUAACUUUAAAGCAGAAACACGGUGCGUUUUUUUAGUGGAUUGAGGGGGAGGGGGAGGCGUUUGACCUUUUCGAAACGGUGUGCCAAACGGCGGCUCUACAUUUCUGCAACGUGAUUUGGCGCGUGUGCGCGUACGUGCGGUAUCGACAAGGCGAUGCGUCCAGUGGGUUGCGUGGUGAAUGUUGUUACUGCUUACUACUGCGUGGGGGGUGGGAGUGGACUGCUUUCGUGGCCAAAAACUUAAUUUUUGUUCCCCGAGAGAAGCUCUCUCCGGGUUUGGAGGCAAGCGCCUGGCGUCGAAACGGCGAAAAUCGCUUGCCAAGGUUUUUAAAAAAAUAUAUAUAUAUAUAACGUUUUACCCGUCCGUUAAUUGUUUCUGUCUGUGUAUUUACGUCGAACUUAUUCUUUCGCGUCCAUGCGUAAGGCAACAGUGGCUAAUCGGAGGUGCCGGCGAGGGAGGUUGGCGGCGAGGGAGAGGGGACACAACGAACUAACACACAACAACAAAACAUCACAUUUUGAUUUAAAGCUUUCGUGACUGCAGGGAUUCAUAUUCUUGGUUCUUUCGGUAAAUACAAAUAUUAAAUAACAAAAAAUUCUCACGACGUUUCGACUGCAACACAAGCAAUCAUCAUCAGGUGUGAAAUUCACAGCAAGAAUUUUUAUUGUUUUUUAUUUGUAUUAUUUUAUUAUUUCCCUUCUACGUGACUUUACCGAAAGAACCAAGAAUAACAAAACAUCAUUUCAGAAGAAAGUUGAGCGCUUGCUUUUUAAGCGUCGCAAUUGUUGUUGUUGUUGUUGACGUGCUGGACAGCGCUGGACGUCGGGCCUGACAAUCAAAACUAAUCUGGCUGUCGCCUGAUGAAGCUAGUUGUAAUUCCUGGCGACACGUCGUACUCGGAUUUAAAAUGUUGUGGCUUGGUUCUCCAACACACCAGUGUGCUGUACUAGUAUACUACACUAUACACUACACUAUACACUACACACUAGUGCUGUACUAGUGACGAAUUGGCCACGUUCUGUUUACGUGACAACCCUUACUCAUUGGCUGUGUCGGGUGGUGGCGGGUUUAACGACACAUUUAUAUAUUUACGCGAUCUAACCCAAACACAAACCUAAUAUUAUGGAAAAACAAUUAUAUUUCUCGUCUGCCCUCCCCAACGCGCCGAGUUUUCAUUUGUGGCCGAUCGCACCCGACGUUUACAUCCAGAUGGAAAAUAUUGGCCCGGCGUUUAAAAAGACCGGCUGGGAUGUGGGCAGCAGUGGUUGAUGGUGGGGGGGGCCGCGAGAGUUAGAUUUCGAGAAACCUUGGCGUAAAAAAUGUUGUCCUUCAGAAUUGCAACCUCUAAAUGGGCUUUAAAUCAUCCAUUUAUUGAAGGGGGGGGGGGGACGGGUGGGUAGUGGUGGGGCUACGGUGGUGGAAUAUUCCAUAUUUGUUUUGUUCAAAAGAGGGACAUUAAAAUUUUUUAUUUCUUAGAACUAUAAGCAAGUGGGGGGUGGGGGGGGGGAGUUGCCGGUCAUCUCUGAUUUGAGUGCUCGUUUCGAUUGAAUGCGGGGUUUUUCCCCUCCCCACACACACUGAUUUUGUUUCCAAAGCGAAUGUCUGCGUUAUCGUAGUUUUUAGAAUGCACUGGUGGUGGGAUCGUUGAUGGAUGCCGUGGGGUGGGGUGACGUUCACGUAAUUUGCCCCAUGCUUAAUGGUGGCGGUUGCUACACGCUAAACGUACGGCGCAGACGCGUGAAAAUUAUUGCUUUGAAAUACGCUUCUCAAAUUGAGAGAUUUUUUUUGUCUAGGAAGAUCCCUCCCCCCCCCCCGCCGCCCGCACCUCUCCUAUAAUUUUUUACUUGCAGUAUAUAUAUAAAAUAUUUACUGUAUAUGCUGUGCUGUGCCGUAUUUGUAUAGAUGUAAAAUAACGUGGGGGUUGUUUGUGACGGUUCAACUGAACCAUUUGUUAAAAGAAUGGACGAUGGGAAUAUUGAUGAUGAUGAUGAUGUGCAAUUUCUAAAACAAAAAA